GGCGUGAGUUGCAUGUUAUGUGAGGAUCCCAGGGCCCGGAUCCGCCUCUCGGCCCCGCCAUGGCCGUCACUAUCACGCUUAAAACACUGCAGCAGCAGACCUUCAAGAUUCGAAUGGAGCCUGACGAGACGGUGAAGGUACUAAAGGAGAAGAUUGAAGCAGAGAAGGGCCGAGAUGCCUUCCCUGUGGCUGGACAGAAGCUCAUUUAUGCUGGCAAGAUCUUGAGUGAUGACGUUCCUAUCAGGGAUUAUCGAAUAGAUGAGAAGAACUUUGUGGUUGUCAUGGUGACCAAGGCCAAAGCUGGCUCAGGUACCUCAGCCCCCCCAGAGACCUCACCUACUGCUGCCCCGGAGUCUUCUACAUCCUUCCCACCAGCCCCUCCUGCCUCAAGCAUGUCGCAUCCUCCACCUGCUGACAGAGAAGACAAGAGCCCGUCCGAAGAAUCAGUCCCCACGAUGUCCUCAGAGUCUUUGCCAGGCUCUGUUCCCUCUUCAGGUAGCAGCGGCAGAGAGGAAGAUGCGGCCUCCACACUAGUGACUGGCUCUGAGUACGAAACUAUGCUGACAGAGAUCAUGUCCAUGGGCUACGAGCGGGAGCGGGUUGUGGCUGCCCUGCGAGCUAGCUACAACAAUCCUCACCGUGCCGUGGAGUAUCUUCUCACGGGAAUUCCUGGGAGUCCUGAGCCAGAGCAAGGCUCAGUCCAGGAGAGCCAGGUAUCUGAGCAGCCGACCACAGAAUCAGGAGAGAACCCUUUGGAGUUCUUGCGGGACCAGCCCCAGUUCCAGAACAUGCGGCAAGUGAUUCAGCAGAACCCAGCUUUGCUGCCUGCCCUGCUCCAGCAGCUGGGACAGGAAAACCCCCAGCUCUUACAGCAAAUUAGCCGGCACCAGGAGCAGUUCAUCCAGAUGUUGAAUGAGCCGCCUGGGGAGCUGGCUGACAUCUCAGACGUGGAGGGUGAGGUGGGUGCCAUAGGCGAGGAGGCCCCACAGAUGAACUACAUCCAGGUGACACCACAGGAGAAAGAAGCCAUAGAGAGGUUGAAGGCCCUUGGCUUUCCAGAGAGCCUGGUAAUUCAGGCCUACUUCGCCUGUGAAAAAAAUGAGAACUUGGCUGCCAACUUCCUCCUGAGUCAGAACUUUGACGACGAGUGAUGCGGGGAAACCAGGCUGCCCAUCCCACCUCAUCCCCAUUCCACAAAAGUUUUAUAAAAGAAAAAAAUAUAUAUAUAUAUAUUC